AUGGUUUCUCCACAUCCGCCUCCUCCAAAUCAACCAACAUUUUCUUAUGCAGAUCGUGCAAGGAAUGUCCUUAAAUCACAUAAUCCUCCGUCUCAAAGACCCUCCAUUGUCAGUGAACAUGCUGCUGCCUCUAACAUGCCACAUAGUUCCACAUCUACUUCAGACGCGUCCAAGCCCUCUUCUCUCAUCCCGAGUACCGGUAUCGCAUCCAAUCCAUCGAUAUCACCUACCAGAACCGUUCCAUUCCCUGCAUCUCCUACUUCUCCAGUCGAAGGACUCGUGGUAUGCGGCACGAACGGUGACGUAACUUCGACGAUACCCACCAAAACGGCACCUAUCAACGUGUGGAAUUUGCGCAUGGAACAGAUGGCCCAGGCUCGUGCUUCGUCUCGCCCUGUACAACUGCGCUCUCAAAACAAUAUGUUGAGCUCAGCACGAGAUCUUCCAGACGAUCCCUCAGUGAAGCUCCCAAAUCCGAACAGCAUCGCCACGCAGAAUGGACUGCCAUCUCUGCGUAUAGAUGGGAACACAGAUCCGUUCGCAACUCGUGCCCUCAGUCAAGCCCUCGCUGCCGAUAUUCCACGUGCACCCGCUUUAGUCAACGACAUGGAAAACUGGCCAGAGGUAGGACAGUCUGUCGGUUCAUCAAGUAAGGGCACGACUCAGCAUCGCCACGAUGCUUCGGAGAGCACCGAAGAGCAGAGGAGGGAGGACGACGAAUCUUCAACAAGCCUUCCUAUACUGCCGAAGAAGAGUGCGUCACUUGUUAUAUUCACUACUCCACUCUCUACUUUUCGCACUAUACAUUCAAUUUCCUUCUAUACCAUCUACUUCCAUCUACUUCCUGCAACGCGAGCGUAUUGACUAUCAAUUUCACGGAUACUAAUACUGGCAAUCCCAUCGUUCUUUCACACC